AUGGGUGAGUUUGCUGAGUGGCCGAGAGCAGAGAAUGAGAGUUCAAAACUUCAAACGAAAAUUGGGAGGCUGGACUUGGGAGAACUGAGAUCGGCGAGCAAGGCGACGACAGGGCACCGACUUGGAUCGGCGACGACAGGGCACCGACGGCACGGGCAAGGCGAGGAGCUUCAGGCGCGGCGACGGCAGGGCACCGAGCAGCUUCAGGCGAGGCAGGGGACGACGGUCGACGACCACACAGAGAGUGAGGGCACUGAAUCGUGUGUGAGCUUCAGCGAGCUGGGAGAUCCAAUGAGCACACGGCAACGAGAUUCAGCGAGCUGGGACCGAGGACAGGGAAGUGGGGAUGUGGAUGCAACCGUCAGUGCAACAUGGGUUUGUGGCGGUGGUGUUGCUCGCAUUGGCACAAGGGAGUCUGUUGCUGCUACUGGUGGGAGUGUUGAUGCAAUUCGUCGGGCUGGUCGUGGUGGUGGUGGUGGUUGUGGUGCUCCCACUGGUAUAAAGGGGUCUGUUAUGACUGCUGGUGGGGGUGUUGAUGCAACUGUUAGUGCAACAGAGGUUCGUCGGGGUGGCCGUGGCGGUGGUGGUGGUCGUCGUGGUGCUCCCACUAGUAUAAGGGGGUCUGUUGCUGCUGCUCGUGAGGGUGUUGAUGCAACCGAUAGUGAAAUAGAUGUUCGUCGUUGUCGUAGUGGUGGUAGAAGGGGUGGUAGACGUCGUGCUACCAUUGAUACGGAGGGGGGUGGUGGUGGUGGUGGUGCGGAGGAUUUUGGUGGCGGUUGUGUCAUUUGA